AAAUCUCAGAACCCUAUAAAUACACCCAAUUAAUCUCUCAAUUCUCAAAACACAAAACACAUACACAAACAAACUCCCCCUAAACCUCCAGAGCUCCAAACACAAGCAAGCUCAAGAAGCAUCAUCAUGUGUAGAUCUUCAAGCUCAACUCCCCCUCUUCCUUCAUCUCCCAAAGAAUGCAAACAUCACAACAUCCACACACCCUUCAUACAAAAAGCCUUGCCAAAACAACAACAACAACAACAACAACAACAACAACAAUCAGAGUUUCAUACGUUGAGUCCACAACCUCAUGAUGAUCAAAUUCUACAACCAUCAAUUCAAGAAGCAAGUUUUAUACUAAGUCUUGCUCUCCCAAUGAUCCUCACAGGCCUUCUCUUCUAUUCACGUUCCAUGAUCUCCAUGUUAUUCCUUGGCCGUCUUGGUUCUUUACCACUUGCCGGAGGAGCUCUUGCUAUCGGCUUCGCUAACAUCACCGGCUACUCGGUCCUCUCCGGUCUCGCCAUGGGCAUGGAACCUAUCUGUGGCCAAGCUUUCGGUGCCAAAAAAAUCAAUAUCCUUGGCCUUGCUCUUCAAAGAAGUAUUCUUCUUCUCAUCAUCAUCUCCAUUCCUAUCUUUUUAUGGCUCAACAUGCGCCGUAUCCUUCUUCUUUGUGGUCAAGACCAGCUCAUCUCAGCAGCAGCUCAAUCCUACAUUCUCUUCUCAAUCCCAGACUUGAUAUGCCAAUCAUUCAUUCAUCCACUUCGCAUUUAUCUCCGAUCACAAUCAAUCAACAUGCCACUCACUUACUGUGCUGCCGCUGCAAUUCUCCUCCAUUUACCCAUCACCUAUCUUCUAGUCAUAAUCCUCAACCUCGGCAUCAAAGGCGUCGCCUUAGCCGGAGUAUGUACUAAUUUCAAUCUAGUCCUUUUCCUCCUCUCAUACAUCUACUUCUCCGGCCUUCACGAAAGCACCGGCGUGUUAGACCUCAGUCUAGAAUGCUUCAAAGAGUGGAAACCAUUGCUUAGUUUGGCCAUUCCAAGCUGUGUCUCAGUAUGUUUGGAGUGGUGGUGGUAUGAGCUCAUGAUCAUGCUUUGUGGUCUUCUCCUUGAUCCAAAGUCCACCGUGGCAUCAAUGGGAAUUCUUAUUCAAACAACCUCACUAAUCUAUAUAUUCCCAUCAUCAUUGAGUUUUGGGGUGUCCACUAGGGUUAGUAAUGAGUUAGGUGCAAACCAACCAAACAAGGCCAAAAGAGCAGCAACAGUGGGCUUGUCUUGCAGUGUGUUUCUUGGUCUUAUUGCCUUUGCAUUUGCUUUCUCAGUGAGGAACGUAUGGUCAUGGAUGUUCACCAAUGACGAAGGGAUUGCAAUGGUGACAGCGUCGGUGUUGCCGGUGUUGGGCUUGUGUGAGCUAGGCAACUGUCCGCAGACUACCGGGUGUGGUGUUCUUAGAGGCAGUGCUCGGCCCAAGGCCGGAGCUAACAUUAACUUGGGAGCUUUUUAUAUGGUAGGGAUGCCGGUGGCUGUGGGAUUGGCCUUUUGGGGUGGGUUGGAUUUCAAAGGGUUGUGGUUGGGGUUGCUGGCAGCGCAAGCGAUGUGCGUUGUGCUCAUGCUCUGGGUUGUCCUGCGCACGGACUGGGUUUUCCAAGCUGAGCGGGCUCAGAAGCUCACCGGUGUGGACGAUGAUGUUGUUAUUGUUGUUGCCGAUGAAGAUGAUGAAGAGAAGGUUCUACAAAGCAUUGCAGUUGAUGAUCAUGUGGAUGAUGAUGACGAGAAGCCUUUAAUUUGUUAGUUUAAUUAUUAAUAUUAGUAGUAGUAAUUAUUAUUAAAUUCUUUUAUUACAGAGGAGUAUAAUUAAUUAAUGAAAUUCUUUAUAUAUUAAUUGGUUUAUUGUGAGCCACCCAAAAUAGGGAAGGAAAGAUAAGCCGUAAUAUUUGUUUGAUGGUGCUACAGGAUGUAAACAAAC